CUCUAAUAGACCUUGUUGUAAUCCACCCUCCGCACAAGCCAAUAAUAUAAAGGCAUCCAAGGUCACCAGAACUCUCCUACACUAUUCUACCCUCAUCUCCCUUCCUGCAUUUCUCUAGGUUGCACAGCUUGACUCUAGAUUCAGCAUCUGGCAUCAGUUGGCACUACCGAAGUCCAGUUGUUCUUGGUCAGAAAGGUCAUGUGAUUGCUCUGGUGAAGGGCAGACUUCUUUUUCUGGGGUCUUGUGCAGUGACCGAGAAUGAAGAGCCUUUGAGUGCACCAAAGUCCUGUGAGCAGCUUUUCCUUUCUUUUAUAUAUUUUUCUUUAGUAAACUAGAUCUGGGGACACGGAGCAUCUUUGUCACCUAGUUGCCCAAGGCUUGGGGCUGGGGACUCCUUUCCCCUUUGGAUUCUCUGAUAUUAAGAACAUUGUAGUGGAGAUAGCAGGGGUUACCAAGGGAAGUCACUGCCUUGAAAUCAAGAGCUAUUGUUCAAACUAGGUCUCAAGACAAUGUUGGUAAGCAACGGGGUCUUCUAUCCCAUUCUGGGCCUUGCAUCUUGUGUGGCUUUCAUAUACUUGUCCUUUGGGGACUUGGUGGAGUUCCAUUUCCAUUUCAUUGAGCCUAAGAUGAGCUUUGUGGAGAGGAAGGGGACUCAGUUCACUGUGGAUGGGAGGGCAUUCUAUGUGAAUGGUUGGAACUCCUAUUGGUUGAUGGAUCAGGCUGUGGAGGAGAACAGCAGGCCAAGGGUGAGGACAAUGUUCCAGAAUGGGGCAAAGAUGGGGCUUACAGUUUGCAGGACUUGGGCCUUCAAUGAUGGCACCUACAAUGCCUUGCAAGUUUCUCCAGGCCGAUUCGAUGAACGGGUCUUUAAGGCAUUAGAUCGAGUCAUCGUGGAAGCUCGAAGACAUGGCAUCAGGCUGCUCCUUAGUUUGGCGAACAAUUUAGAAGCUUAUGGUGGCAAGACACAGUACGUUAAAUGGGCAUGGGAGGAGGGCAUUGGAUUGAGCUCCUCCAAUGAUUCCUUCUUUUAUGAUCCAUCCAUUCGUAGUUAUUUCAAGACUUACCUGAAGACUAUAUUGACAAGGAAGAAUCACUUGAACGGAAUUCAAUAUAAAGAUGACCCUGCAAUAUUUGCAUGGGAGUUGAUGAAUGAACCACGAUGUAUGUCUGAUGCAACUGGAGACACUCUCCAAGAUUGGAUUGAAGACAUGGCAGCAUACGCGAAAUCAAUAGACAAGAAACAUCUUUUAACAGUUGGACUUGAGGGAUUUUAUGGUCCAACAUGUCCGGAGAAGUUGAGUGUGAAUCCUGGACCAUGGUUCAGCACACUAGGAUCAGAUUUCAUCCGCAAUUCCAAAAUCCCAGAUAUCGACUUUGCUUCAGUUCAUAUUUAUCCUGACAACUGGUUGGUGCAAGCUGGAUUUGAUGAGAAAAUGAAGUACAUCUCCAAAUGGGUGGUCUCUCACAUUGAAGAUGGAGACAGGGUACUGAAGAAACCCAUCCUGUUUACAGAAUUUGGAAUCUCAAACAGGAACAAAAACUUCGAUCACUCCCACCGAGAUGUCUUCUACAAGAACAUUUUUGACAUCAUCCACGAAUCUGCAAAGAAAAAUGGAGCUGGGGCAGGUGCCUUCGUUUGGCAAUUUAUGGUUGAAGGCAUGCAAGAAUACAAUGACGAUUUCGGAAUUGUCCCAUGGGAGAGGCCUUCCAUGUAUCAGCUGAUCAAGGGGCAGUCGUGUCGGCUGGCGUCGCUACAUUACGGGAAGGAUUUGGCAAAGAAAAGUUUUUGGAAAUUCUGUUUAGAGUGAACAAACAAUGUCUCCUCUCAUGUUUUUCUGCUGAAAUCCACAGGGGAAAGCUGAGGUAUGUUUUGGAAGGAUAUAGUUCUUCGGCAUAUGGUCUUUAUGUAAAGUUUUCCUUUGGUCUUAAUACUAGUUAUCACAAAGAGAAUGCAAUAUAUGAAUGAACUUUGAGUGGGAAAUGAAAAGAAUGACUUGUUUUGUU